GUGGCGGGGAAUCUCUUGUCGCCGAGAGGCGCUCGUUGGCGGUGGAGGAAGAUGGCGGCGGCGAUGAGGCAGGAGCUGGCGCUGUUGAUGAACUCCAGCGGCUCCCACAAGGACCUGGCCGGCAAAUAUCGUCAGAUCCUGGAAAAAGCCAUGCAACUCACAGGCUCUGAGCAGCUGGAAGCUCUGAAGGCUUUUGUUGAGGCCAUGGUCAAUGAAAAUGUCAGUCUAGUGAUCUCCCGACAAUUGCUGACUGAUUUUUGCUCCCAUCUACCGAAUCUUCCUGACGGUACAGCCAAAGAAAUCUAUCACUUCACGUUGGAAAAGAUCCAGCCCAGAGUCAUUUCAUUUGAAGAGCAGGUAGCCUCCAUACGACAGCACCUAGCCUCCAUUUAUGAGAAGGAAGAAGACUGGCGAAAUGCUGCUCAAGUCUUGGUGGGAAUUCCGUUAGAAACUGGGCAAAAGCAAUAUAAUGUGGACUAUAAGCUGGAUACUUAUCUGAAAAUUGCUCGUUUGUACUUGGAGGAUGACGACCCAGUGCAGGCAGAAGCUUACAUAAACCGUGCCUCUCUGCUUCAGAAUGAAUCAACCAAUGAACAACUUCAAAUACAUUAUAAGGUGUGCUAUGCUCGUGUUCUUGACUAUAGACGGAAGUUUAUAGAAGCUGCUCAAAGAUACAAUGAACUUUCGUAUAAAUCUAUAGUUCAUGAGACUGAGCGGCUAGAGGCAUUGAAGCAUGCUCUCCACUGCACUAUCCUUGCAUCAGCAGGGCAGCAGCGUUCCCGCAUGCUGGCUACCCUGUUUAAGGAUGAGCGAUGCCAGCAGCUAGCAGCUUAUGGCAUUCUAGAGAAAAUGUAUCUGGAUAGAAUUAUUCGAGGGAACCAGCUGCAGGAGUUUGCUGCCAUGCUCAUGCCUCAUCAAAAAGCCACCACUGCUGAUGGUAAAGUCUACACAGUCGGUUUUUGUCCUGAAGGCUCCAGUAUACUGGACAGAGCAGUCAUUGAACACAACCUGCUCUCUGCCAGUAAACUGUACAAUAAUAUUACGUUUGAAGAACUGGGAGCUUUACUAGAAAUCCCGCCAGCCAAGGCAGAAAAAAUUGCAUCACAGAUGAUCACUGAAGGACGAAUGAAUGGAUUCAUUGAUCAGAUCGAUAGCAUUGUUCACUUUGAAAGUAAGUUCCUCUCUCGCGAAACAUUGCCUACGUGGGACAAACAGAUCCAAUCACUUUGUUUCCAAGUCAACAACCUCCUGGAGAAGAUCAGCCAGGCAGCACCCGAGUGGACAGCACAGGCCAUGGAGGCUCAGAUGUCACAAUAGCACCGUGAACCAGAUUGCUGGUAUCACAGCCACCAGCAGAUUCAGCUGCCCCUAUUUAAAAUAUUCAAAUGGUUUCUUCAAGAACUUUGUUUUGAAUUUGUGGUUAUUUAAAAAAAAUUCCAGAAAUUUUCACCAUGUGUGCAUUUCACUGCACUAAAGGGGGGGGUGUAUUUUAUUUCACCAUUCCCCCUCGAUCUUCAAUAACACUGGAUCAAGCAUUGCACCACGGACACAGUUUGAGGAGUUUCUGGUUCGGCCAGAUAUGUCUUCUGUGAGUUUGGUUCCUUAGUGUUGAGUCCCAAGGACUGUAACUCAGUUUGCUGUUAAAUAAUUAGAAAGUUGUGAAACUACUUUUUGACCCUAUAAUCUAUCAAAGAAAACCAGUCUGGUUGUUUACUCCAGAGAAAAGCAGAGCAAGCGUAUACUUCUACCACAACUUGUCAUUCAAUAAAUAAACGCUUCUUAAAGCAGAGAGCGAUAUUGCUUUCACAAUGUGCUCUUUAGAGUGAAUUGUAUUGGAAAAUACUUUACCGUUGCUAUAAGCAAAAUAAUUGUUUUGCUUUUACAGGUUUUUUAAAAAAUAAUAAAAAAGAUGGGUUGAAUUCUGUGCUCUUCGAGGCGAGUGAUGUUCAUGUUCCCACUUAACACAUUGGCAGAUCAAUACAAAUUAGAUGCAUUGUAAUGUUCUUUCUGCAUCUUCUGAAGCUCUCUCAUCCCAGAAGACUCCUGCGCCACUGUAACAUUUGUUUCCCCUUCCAGACAUGUUCAAAUUUAAUUACUGGCAUCUUAUUGCUGUGGGAGAGAGUUAAGACUGCCUACAUUCAUUUAACUUAAGAUCCUUACAACUAACAGAGAUUUGAACCCAAAUUCUGGAGUUGGGAAAAUAUGUUGAAAGUUGAGACCCAAUUCAAUAAAAUAAUGUAUUGCAAAAUUAA